AGGUCUGUCCGCCUGUGGGGCCUAGAGGCGCCGCCGCCGCGGAACCGGAGGGACGCCGCACCGGACAGCCGUCGCCCCGGGCUCCUCGCUGCUGCCUGGCCCUCCCCCUGCACCUCCCGGUCCCGCCGUCCGCCCCCGCUGCGGCCCCCUUGCCGGUCUCCAGCCCCGCGAAGCCACAGAUCAUCUUUGGAUUCUUCCCCAGAAGCUUCAAGUAGGGAUAUGUCCUCAGCACCAACUACUCCUCCAUCAGUGGAUAAAGUAGACGGAUUUUCUCGAAAGUCCGUCAGAAAAGCCAGACAGAAGAGGUCGCAAAGUUCCUCACAGUUUAGGUCUCAAGGCAAGCCUAUUGAGUUAACACCUCUGCCACUGCUAAAAGACGUUCCAUCCUCAGAGCAGCCUGAACUGUUCCUAAAGAAACUUCAGCAGUGCUGUGUCAUUUUUGACUUCAUGGACACGCUAUCUGAUCUUAAAAUGAAAGAAUACAAGCGCUCCACUCUUAAUGAACUGGUGGACUACAUUACAAUAAGCAGAGGCUGUUUGACAGAGCAGACUUACCCUGAAGUAGUUAGAAUGGUAUCUUGCAAUAUAUUCAGAACUCUCCCUCCUAGUGACAGCAACGAAUUUGAUCCAGAAGAAGAUGAACCUACCCUUGAGGCGUCAUGGCCACACUUACAGCUUGUAUAUGAAUUUUUCAUACGGUUUUUGGAAAGCCAAGAAUUUCAACCCAGCAUUGCCAAAAAAUACAUAGAUCAAAAAUUUGUAUUACAGCUCCUGGAGCUAUUUGACAGUGAAGACCCUCGGGAACGGGACUACUUAAAAACAGUCUUACACAGAAUUUAUGGCAAGUUUCUUGGUCUUAGAGCAUUUAUCCGAAAACAGAUUAACAAUAUUUUUCUAAGGUUUGUUUAUGAAACAGAACACUUCAAUGGUGUAGCCGAACUGCUGGAAAUAUUAGGAAGUAUUAUCAAUGGCUUUGCUUUACCUCUUAAGGCAGAACACAAACAGUUUCUGGUGAAAGUGUUGAUCCCUUUACACACUGUCAGGAGCUUAUCACUCUUCCAUGCCCAGCUGGCAUAUUGUAUAGUACAGUUUCUGGAGAAAGAUCCUUCACUCACAGAACCAGUCAUUAGGGGGUUAAUGAAGUUUUGGCCUAAAACAUGUAGUCAAAAAGAGGUCAUGUUCCUUGGGGAGCUGGAAGAAAUACUGGAUGUGAUUGAGCCUUCACAAUUUGUUAAAAUCCAAGAACCUUUGUUUAAACAAAUCGCCAAGUGUGUAUCUAGCCCCCAUUUUCAGGUGGCAGAAAGGGCACUCUAUUAUUGGAAUAAUGAAUACAUCAUGAGUUUGAUAGAAGAAAACUCUAAUGUCAUCCUUCCCAUCAUGUUUUCCAGUCUUUAUAGGAUUUCGAAAGAACAUUGGAAUCCGGCUAUUGUGGCGUUAGUAUACAAUGUGUUGAAGGCAUUCAUGGAAAUGAACAGCACCAUGUUUGACGAGCUGACAGCCACAUACAAGUCAGAUCGUCAGCGUGAGAAAAAGAAAGAAAAGGAACGUGAAGAAUUGUGGAAAAAAUUGGAGGAUCUGGAGUUAAAGAGAGGUCUUAGACGUGAUGGGAUAAUUCCAACUUAACAAAAAUAUUGAUGACAACAUUACUAACCUGUGGAGUCACACAUUUAUGUAGUAGAAGAUGGAGCAACAGUUUUCUGUAUUGUGCAACUUUACAGUAGAUUUCACAUUUGUUUCAUUAUUACAACAGCACUGUAUAUACCUGUCUCUAAGUAAAGGAAAAAAAAAUAAGGACUUCAAUCCAAAGUUUGGACAGUAGAUGGACUUCUCAGAACUUUGCAAACAUAAUCAUUGUUCUAACCCUCUUAAAAAAAAGAAAAGCAGUCUUCAAAGAUUUGUUGAUGAAAUUGCUAUGUUAAAAUUCCAUUAUCGGGAGUUCCUUAUUUAUCACUAGCAGAGAGUAUGAUACAAUUUUCAAAUGUGAACAAUCUUAAAUUUAGCUUGUCUUUCUGCUAAGCUGUUAAAUGUAUUUAUAGUAAAGGAAGAAACAAACAAACAAAAAAAGACUGUCAUUUCCUUAUAAGUUUGUAUCACAUCCUCCUCUGGAUAACUUGACUGUAAUUUGACAUCUUUUCCUUUUGCACAUCUUCAUGAGUUGAAUGUCCACGUGGAAUGGGGCCAUGAAUUGUGGAGGUUCCUGAUAAAAGUUUUGUUUACUGGAGUGAACAUCUUUCCAGUAACCAGGUAGUCCUGGGACUCCUUUGGUUUUAAAAUUAGGAGUAAAAAGAGAAGAGGUGAUAAACAUAGUAGGGAAGGGAAUUUUGGAUUCACGCAUCAGCUUACGGUGAAUCCAGAUCACUGUCUUGAAUCCUUUGAAAACAGGCACUGGGACAUCACAGGCUUCAGUGCUUGACCAGUAUUAGUUGCAUACAUCAUUGAACACACAUACCAGAGAUAUUUUAGAAAUGUCAGUAAAACAUCCUUUUGGACCAUUUAAAAUAAGAAAGACAAAUACUAAACAAUACAACCAUGAAAUUGAUUGCCAAGAUUGUGAAUCUAAUUGGAAAAAGAGUUGAGCAAACAGCUUGGACUGUUUGGAGUUGUUGCCUUACUUUUUAAUAUGUAUUUAUAAAGUAUUCCAGCAAAAGAGGAUGUAGCCUCUGGGGAAAAAACAAACAUGUUACAGUGUUUUUUGUAGAUUCUCGUUCUAUAUCUCAUCACAGCGCCAGCCCUGUUUUUAGCCAGAAAGGAUUCAGGAUAAACAUUAUUAUGCAUUCUGAAUUGGAUGCGUAUUCCUAACUACUGUAUUUGUUACCAAAAGUGGUUCUACAAAUGCUACUGAAAAAAAAUCUGGAAAUUCCUAAUGUCCUGAGUAUUAAUAAUAAAGUUUAAAAAUGCUUUUAUAUCAAAGGUGCAUCGUGACCAAAUUGUUUAAGAAAAAAAAAAACAAACAAAAAACAAAAUCUAGGGCUGUAUUAUAGAUGUAUCUUAUUGGCUUUUUGUUUUGUAUUUAAAAGAGGCAUCUUAUAUUUUGGCAGGCAAACUGCUGAUAAAACUUGUAUACAGUACAUACUUACCUGAUGCGGUUGCAUAUUAUGUACUGAAAGAUAUGUGUUUUGGGAUUUAUUUGCAGGAUGCUUUUGCUUAUUACAGACAUGGCAGCAAUGAGUGGGUAAUGCUGACCCUGACCCAUCAUCUCCAGCAGUAUUCACGGUAUAGAGCUGAGUCUGUGUUCAUGUGUUGAAUUGUGAUAGCAGCAAACAUGAACAUAGGAACUGUUGUUGCUCUUAGUAGAAAUAUAAUAUAAAUAUGGGCUUGUAUAUUUUCUUCCUUUCAUUUAAAUAUAAGGUAGAAUACACAGUUUUAUUAUUUCCAAGAAAAAGAAAAAGAAAAAAAAAGGCACUGACUUUUGUCCCCAGUGAAAUGUUUCAGGAUUAUCAGGUUCAGAGGGUGUACCAACAGUCAGCCAAUUAUGGAUAUUGCUGUCUUGGUAACUUUGUAAAAAUACAAACCAAUAUUUGGCAUCGUCCAUCCCUAAAAAGGAACAGCAGUAAAAGAACAAGAAAAGUCAUAUGCAGUACCAAACACAACAUGGUUCAUUGGGAUUAAUAGAUUUUUUUUUUUUCCAAAAAGGACAUAAUGAGAAUUUAAUGUAUUGUUGGCAGAGGCUGCCAGAAAUGAAACAACUUCCUUUAAAAGUGCUGGAGCAAAGGUGCAGGUUCAAAUAUUAAUGAUACAAAAUAAAUUUGUAACAAAUCUCCUUUAGCCCUUUUGAUUUUAGCUCUUUAGUUUCGACUCUGCAUUACACUUAUUUUUAGUAGUAUAAACUUUUGCUUGCCAUUAAGUCAUCUUUUGUGAUAGAAGACAUUAAAAUCACAGGUUUAUGAAGAAUCUCUGCCCAUUGGAACGAAAUGCAGUCAUGUGAAAUAAGAAAGGCCAGGAUCCUCUUUUGCACUUGACGCUGUCCUCAGAGUUAAGGUGAAAACUACUCAGAUAUCCUUGAUGCCGAUUUUAUAUGUUGAUCAUUCCAAACUGAGAAGAAUAAAAGCCACAUUUUAGACAUACUUAAGUACUAUGUCUAAAAUUCAUAGGGCAACUUUUGAGAAGAAACACUGUCUUUUUGUUUUUUAACUGAAAGUGACAAUGUGACAUUUGUCAUGUUGUGUGCGGUGAUGCAGAGUAACUGAGGUAAUCUGACUGUUGCACUAUGUGACAUAUUUAAGGACAUACUUGCUGCAUUUGCAGCAGCCCUCUCUGUCCCUUCCCACAGUUCUGCUGUUGCUGCAACUUGAGUUAAUUGUGACAAAAUGCAUCUUUGUGUUAUAUUUUAUUUGUUUCCUGAUUUCCAGAACUAUAUAUAAAUAUAUUUUUAAAAUAGCAAAUAUUGUAGUUAGUGAGUGAUGAUCACUCCAAACUUAGCCCUACCAUAUUGGUUUUAGGGAUAAGGAUUAAGAGUGUCUUUGGAAGAAAAAAAUACACACAACCCUGUGGUUUGAAACGAGGCUGAGGCCUUAGGCUGUGGGCCUAGAACAACUAUGUGAGUGAAAUGACCCAUCUCAUACUUUGAAUCAAGCAUGCAUUCCUUCUUCUCAUUGUGCAAGUGUCCCUAGUUGUUUUCCUUUAGUGUUUAGUUUUGUCUUUUAAAAUUUUAUUAUGUUUUGCUCUCCCUGACAUCUGACUGUUUUUUUAUAAAAGAAAAGAAAAGAAAAAAAAAUUUUAAAGUGAGAAAUAAAUAAUACCCUCGAUGCCGCUGGAUACUCACAAGCAGGGUUUGCUCCUUCAUCUUGGGCUGGUUGCCUAAAUGGAAGGGUUUAAUUUAUUUUGUACCUCCUUCUAUGCGUGGGACAGUCCAGGGUGCAGGGCCAGGAAUUGCUUGUAAUUGCACCUGCUAUACUUAAAUGUAUAGCCCUAGGCUCAAUCACACUAUGGAAAGAAAAAAAAAAAAGUAUAUUUAGAGCUUUAAAAGCUUUUUUAUUUUUUUGUGGGGAUGUGGGUGGGUGGGAAAGGGGAUGUGUGGAUGUUAUUGGCAUUUUUAAGUCUUCAGAGGUUUCGCUGUUUUUUUUUUUUUCCUUGUUUUGUUUUUAAUUAGAUGCACUGACCUGGCCCAGGAAAUGAAGAGAUGCUCUCUUUGAUGCUAUUACCAAUAUUAUCACAGAAAACAGUCACCUGUAGUAAAAAGGUGGCACCACAUACGAUCAGUGAUGUUUUAUUUGCACAUCAGUAUUUUUAUUUUUGUAUUCUGGCUCAGCUGCUUCUCUGAGUGGAGUUGAGGAAUGAGCCACAGAGGAUUUUUGUAGUAGGUAUAUUGACAAUGCAUUUUAUAUUCCUGUUUAGUUUUUAAAAGUCUAAAAGAAGGAUUGUGCAUCUUGAGAGAAAGUUGAGCAAAUUUGGAUGUAGCGGAAUGUUAAUUUGUGCUGCUUCUUAUGCACGAAGGCAGCAGUAGUAGCUCUCUUGGAAAUAAACAUCCCAUCUUACGUCUAUAAAUAUAGCUUUCCUUUUCUUCUCCCCUCCCUCCCUCUUCUCUCUUUCCUCCCCCUCUAUUCUUUUUUUCCCUUCUCCUUCCUCUCUUCCCCUUCUCUCAUUUCAUUUUCUUUUAUCUCAUUCAGCCUUUCUCCCUCUCUCCCUUCCUCUUUACUUUUUUCAAAAUCACUUACUGUAAAUAAGUUGUAAUCCAAACCUCAUGUAUCAGUGGGGCACUCAAAUAUAAAUAUUACCAAUACAUUUUCCGGUUGUUGUCUGAGUUUUGAUUGAAGUAUGAGAAUGACAUGUCUAUUGCUUUCGGUUUGAGGAUUUCACUUUUAGCUUCAUAAAUCUUUCAGAAUUUGAGUAUUUCAUUG